CCGCUGCAUGAGGAAAGAGGACCCGAGGAGUCCAUGAGCAGGUCUGAGAGCCAAAAAUACAGACAGUUCAUGGACUCUUUUCGUGUUUUUGGCUCGUCACUGAACUGACUGUUUGAGCAGUAUUGCCUAAGGGGUGUUUUUAAUAAGAGAGGUUGGACUUUGGGCCAUGUCUGCUUCUGCCGUGUUCGUGUUGGACCUCAAAGGCAAGGUGCUGAUAUGUCGCAACUACAAAGGCGAUGUGGACAUGUCCGAGAUAGACCACUUCCUGACCCUGCUGAUGCAACAGGAAGAGGAAGGGCUUAUGUGUCCUGUUAUUUCACACGGCAGCGUACAUUUCAUGUGGAUCAAACACAGCAAUCUCUACUUGGUGGCUACUACAAACAAAAACUCCAAUGCUUCGCUGGUGUAUGCCUUUCUGUACAAACUAGUGGAGGUGUUUACAGAGUACUUUAAGGAGCUGGAGGAAGAGAGCAUUCAGGAUAACUUUGUGGUGGUGUACGAGCUGCUGGAUGAGCUCAUGGACUUUGGCUUUCCUCAAACCACAGACAGCAAGAUCCUGCAGGAAUACAUUACACAAGAAGGCAACAAACUGGAGGUUGCUAAGACCAAGGUGCCCACAACAGUCACCAAUGCUGUGUCCUGGAGAUCAGAAGGCCUUAAGUAUAAGAAGAAUGAGGUUUUCAUAGACGUGAUUGAGUCCAUUAAUGUCCUGGUGAAUGCUAAUGGCAGUGUGAUGAGCAGUGAUAUAGUGGGCAGUAUCAAACUGAAGACGAUGCUCUCAGGGAUGCCUGAACUGAGAUUGGGACUCAAUGACCGUGUGCUCUUUGCCCUUACUGGCCGAGAUAAAGGAAAGACUGUAGCAAUGGAGGAUGUGAAGUUCCAUCAGUGUGUGAGACUCUCACGCUUUGAGAGCGACAGAACCAUCUCCUUCAUCCCUCCAGACGGAGAAUCUGAGCUGAUGUCAUACCGGAUCAAUACGCAUGUUAAACCUCUGAUUUGGAUUGAGUCUGUUAUUGAGAAGUUCUCUCACAGUCGAGUGGAGAUCAUGGUAAAGGCUAAAGGACAGUUUAAAAAGCAAUCUGUGGCCAAUAAUGUGGAGGUACGAGUUCCUGUCCCAAGCGAUGCAGACACCCCAAAGUUCAAAACUAGUACUGGUCAUGCAAAGUAUGUCCCUGAGAAGAACCUAGUGGUGUGGACCAUUAAAUCUUUUCCUGGAGGUAAGGAGUUCCUGAUGAGGGCUCAUUUUGGCCUCCCCAGCGUGGAGAAUGAUGAGAUGGAGGGAAAACCCCCAAUUACAGUGAAAUUUGAAAUCCCCUACUUCACAGUGUCAGGGAUACAGGUGCGAUAUAUGAAGAUCAUUGAGAAAAGUGGCUACCAGGCCUUACCUUGGGUUAGGUACAUCACGCAGAGUGGAGAUUACCAGCUAAGGACAAACGCCUAGACAAACACUUUGACAUUUCCUGGCCUUGUUCAACCAACCAAGCAAACUCUAAGCUGACCAAGUUGUCAUUUGCAUCAGAAUCCAUCUUGAUAUUUCAGUCCUUUUUUGCUGAAAGUGUUAUUGGGCUUGAGAUUUUAUUGUGCUUCAAAUGCUUGUUUUAAAAUUAUGUAAUGUCAUGAUUUAAAAAAUGCUGAAUCAAACUAAAUUAAACUGUUUCCUCAAA